GGCCAGCAUUGCAACAGUCAGCCUCAUAAAUUAUGCACUAAAACUAACGAAGAAACCGGAAACAUUCUUCCUUCGCUGCCUUGGCUCUGUCUGGCUGGGCUGCCGGCUACCCAGCAAUACUCUUUUGCCUUUGAAAUGGCAAAAAACUUCUCCAUUAAUAAGUUUUCCCGUUUAGGUUUCAGUUUCAGUUUUAUUACCGUUUUAUUUUGUUUGUCGUUAAGCACCCCCAACAUCAUAUCUCUCCAGCCUUUAUUUUUCCCCUUUGCUUCUCUGGAUUAACUUCCGACUGAACCGUUAUCUCUUCCUCUGAGAGUGAUAAAAGGAAGAAGAAAAAAACAGAUGAACGACCUGCUCACGGACUCGUUCGUUGGUCCAACGAAUCGGGUCCAGAGUAAUGAUAUCGAGAUGGGGGUGCAGGGUCACAGCCAGAGCUCCAGGAGUAGCUCUGAUAUGGGAAUGGCAAGUUUCAAUAAGCAGAUACAAGAAGUUGAGAAAAAUGUUGAUAAAGUUGCUGGUCUGCUGAAGAACUUGAAGGAUGCUAACGAGGAAUCAAAAAAUGUUACUAAAGCUUCUUCCAUGAAAGCCAUCAAAAAGCGAAUGGAGAAAGACAUUGACGAAGUCGGGAAGACAGCACGUUUCGUCAAAGCAAAACUAGAAGCCAUAAACAAAGAUAACUUAGCCAAUCGACAGAAACCUGGCUGCGAAAAGGGCACUGGGGUCGACAGAGCUAGGAUGAAUGUUUCAAGUUCAUUAACGAAAAGGUUUAGAGACCUAAUGACCGAGUUUCAGACCCUAAGACAAAUGAUACAAGACGAGUAUCGAGAGGUUGUUGAGAGAAGGGUCAUGACAGUCACUGGAACUAGACCAGAUGAAGAGACGAUUGACCAACUAAUUGAGACGGGAGACAGUGAGCAGAUCUUUCAAAAUGCAAUGCAAGAAAUGGGUCGAGGACAGGUGUUAAAUACGGUGCAAGAAAUCCAGGAGAGGCACGACGCAGUGAAGGAGAUCGAAAAGAAGCUUCUUGAUUUACACCAGAUAUACCUUGACAUGGCUGUUCUAGUUGAGGCUCAAGGAGAGAUAUUAGACAACAUCGAAAACCAGGUGACAAAUGCAGUGGAUCAUAUUCAAUCAGGGACAGAUGCUCUCCAGACAGCCAAGAGUCUGCAGAAGAACUCGAGAAAAUGCAUGAUGAUUGCCAUCAUUCUCCUCUUGCUCAUUGCCGGUUUCAUUCUACUAGCCGUUCUCAAACCCUGGAAGAACAAGAAGGCCUGAACCCCCACACACAAGGAAAAUACUCACAUAAAAACAACAACACAUGCAGAUAGAUAUGUAUUUUAUAUAGAAGAAGAAAAAAGGAAAUUAGUGCUUCAUCCAUUCAUUACACAACUAUUCCCUGUGUUACUUCAUAACAUCAUCACAGCUGCAUUUCUUUAGAUGACUUUCACUCGAUUUAAGGCCUCCUCUCUGCAAUUUUGUUCUCCUCCAUCCUAGAGUUGUUGGUGAGGUAUAUAUAUACAGUUCCUAGACCUCAUGUGGAACAGUGACUAAUCACAGAUUCGCAUUUUGAUUAACAUUUCGGAUUUGUGGUUCUGAUGUCAGGUCAGAACUCGAAUUUGAGAGUUUCGGAUGAACGAGUGGGCAUUGCAGUCAAAUAGCAGCAUGGAUUGAAACGGCCCUAAAAUGUAGCAGGCGAACCUGGAACAUCUGCUCUACACUGUGACGAUUUCUAAAACACGGACAACUUGAAGCGGCUAGUGACUGACUAAUCAGCAGCUAACACAAUCAAGUUUUGUACCAAUU